AUGAAGCAUGACAGAAUUCCCGUCCGUGCCACCGACACACUCUACAGUGCUGCAUUCUACAAUAUCGACUGUGCAGAAUACUGGCACGCGGACAGCUCAGAGAAGAAAGCACCAAAUCACGAUUUUGUUUGCGAUGGCAUUGCCAGUCUUCCUGCUGCUCCUCUUGCACUUUUGAAGUGGGCUCGUGACCACAACUUUCCCUGGGAUGAAGAUACCUGCGCGAAUGCGGCAGAAGCAGGUCGUUUGGACAUUCUCCAAUGGGCCCGGGAGAAUGGAUGCCCCUGGGAUAGCAAAACAUGCAGGGAUGCAGCUAGAGGUGGCCAUUUGAACAUUCUCAAGUGGGCUCGAGCCAAUGGCUGUCCAUGGGACGAAAAGGCAUGUGGACAUGCUGCACAUGAGGGUCAAUUGGAAUGCCUCCAAUGGCUUCACGAGAAUGGGUGCCCAUGGGAUUCAGGGACAUGCCUUGCAGCAGCCGCUGGUGGGCAAAUCCAAUGUCUACAGUGGGCUCGUGCGAAUGGUUGCCCUUGGGACGAAAAUACGUGCACCUUUGCAGCUUCGUACGGGUAUUUCGAGAUUGUCCAAUGGGCUCAUGACAAUGGAUGUCCAUGGAACAGCUACACCUGUACCUAUGCAGCAAGAAAUGGUCAUAUGGACAUUCUCAAGUGGGCUCGUGACAAAGAAUGCCCAUGGGAUGAAGAGACGUGUGCACAUGCCGCUCAAUACAAUCAUCUCGAUGUUCUGAAAUGGUUGCUCGAGAAUGGGUGUCCUUGGGACACACAGACUUGUUCAUUUGCGGCUGAAAAUGGUCAACUUGAAAUUAUACAAUGGGCUAGAGACAAUGAUUGUCCUUGGAACGCGGAGACAUGCACCUUGGCGGCGCGUGAGGGCCACAUUGCCAUUCUGCAAUGGGCCCAUGAGAAUGGCUGUCCAUGGAAUGAAUAUACCUGUGCCCUAGCUGCUGGAUAUGGCCACCUUGAAAUUCUCAAAUGGGCCCGAGAAAAUCAAUGCCCUUGGAAUGUGAGCACUUGUUCUUUUGCUGCAGAAGGUGGGCAUUUGAACAUUUUGCAAUGGGCCAGAGAGAAUGGUUGUGAAUGGGAUGAAACAACCUGUUCUGGCGCUGCUGGUGAGGGUCGUUUGGAGGUUCUGAAAUGGGCUAGGGAGAAUGGCUGCCCCUGGGACAGUCGCACAUGCGAGGCUGCUGCUGGUGAGGGCCAAUCAGAGUGUCUACAAUGGGCACUUGAGAAUGGAUGCCCAGAAGAGGAGGAUUCCGACAAUAGUGAUUACUAA